GGAUCAAUAUUUCUUUUUAUGGUGACUUUUAUUUUGAUACACUUAAAUGACAUUUCAUACCGGAAGACGGAAGUAGUUCUUUUCUGUUGGCCAGUCACACCGCAGGAAACAACGGUGUAUUAUAAGACUGCAUAGGAUCCUUCAUUACUUUGAUUUUUCUGGAAAAUGUGGCAUGUUAGUUCAACUGGUUCAAUCAGUAAUAAUUAUUUUCUGCCAUGAAUAGACCAUGUUUCCUUUAGUGAGAAGGGGAAACUCUGUUGCUUCACUUAGAAAAAGCUGUAUAACUAUCCUUGGUAUCCCUGUUAACACAGAGAAACUCUCUUUAUUUUCCUAAAAAGUAUACUUGAAUAUACAAUAACUUUAAACCUUGAAAGAACUGGAAUCAAAGAUGGCAGCAGCUUAUUUACUGACCUCGUGGCUGUCAAGAAAGCAUGCCUUGUUUUCAGUGGGUUUCCUGUGCAGGCUUGCCCUUAUUUUUUAUGGAGUAUACCAGGACUGCACAAUGAUGGUGAAAUUCACAGAUACUGACUAUCUUGUCUUCACAGAUGGAUCUCGGUUUAUUACUCAGGGGCUAUCUCCGUACAGAAGAGCCACUUACCGCUACACCCCUUUACUUGCUUGGAUUCUCAUGCCAAAUAUAUACCUCACCUCGUUAUUUGGGAAGAUUCUUUUUGUGAUUUGUGAUGUUGCAUCUGCACACAUAACUUAUAAAAUGCUUAAAAUUCAAAAAAUUAAUUCUAAUCAGGCAUGCCUGUAUUGUGCUCUGUGGCUAAUUAAUCCCUUACCAAUGACUGUUUCAAGCCGAGGGAAUGCAGAGUCAAUAUUAACACUGCUAGUGACUUCUACUCUAUAUUACAUUGAAAAGAGAAGUCUCUGGAUUGCUGGUGCGUGCUAUGGGCUAUCUGUUCACAUGAAGAUCUAUCCUGCAAGUUACAUACUGCCUAUAGCCCUCUACCUUCAGUCCGCAAAUAAACCAAAAGUAGAAUUAAAAGAGAAGACAAUCACUGGGAGAAUAUCAAGGUUUAUUUCUCAUCAUCUUAACAGGGACUUGUUCUUGUUUAGUUUUGUUGCUGCUGGAACCUUUAUGGCACUGAGUCUACUCUUUUACGGUCUGUAUGGCAUGGAAUUUAUAGAACACACAUACUUGUACCAUUUGACCAGAAGAGACAUCCGUCAUAAUUUCUCGCCUUACUUCUAUAUGCUAUACCUAACAGCAGAGAGUGAUUGGAGUCUCUUCUUGGGAUUGGCUGCAUUCCUUCCGCAGUUUGUGCUGUUGAUCAUUACAUCACUGGCCUAUUACAAAGAUUUGCCAUUUUGCUGUUUUUUACAGAGUGCUAUUUUUGUCAGUUUCAACAAAGUCUGCACUUCACAGUAUUUCUUAUGGUAUUUGUCAUUACUUCCUCUGGUUCUUCCUUCCUUGGUGAUGUCAACAAAAAAAGUUUUUGGCCUGCUAAUCCUAUGGUUUGCUGGACAGGGCUUGUGGUUGGCUCCUGCAUACUAUCUGGAAUUUGAAGGAAAGAACACCUUUGACUUAAUCUGGCUUGCUGGGUUGCUGUUCCUGGCUAUUAACUCAUUCAUACUUGGACAAAUCAUUUCUAAUUAUAAACCAGAAAGUUCAAUUAAAAAAGACAAACUUUUUUAAUGCUUUGAGAUAAAACAGGUUGUUUAAGGUUUUUUCUCACAAGUAAAUGUGUAAUUUAUUUUGGGUAAGGGCAUUUGCUAAAUAAUAAUAAUAAUACAUUAAAUAUAAACUCCAGUAAAAAAUCAUUUAUGCAUUUAUUGCAUUUUUGAUAAAUAUGCAAUGAAUUUUGAAUGUCUCUAAAAAAUAAAGGAAAACUGCAUUUGUUCAGGUACAGACGGACUGUUCUUGUCUUGUACUACAUGUCAUACAUUUGCUACUUUUUUAGUAUAGGUAUUUCUGCUGGGUUUGCCAUGUGGGAUAAAAGACAAAUGUUUUGUUUUUAUCUCAAGGUCAUGAAGUCCUUUAACCCUUUCCAUGCUAGAUAUACUACUGGAAAUUGAGUUACAUUUGCAUGGCACUAUUUUUCUUUAUGACUUAGUCCACACGUAUAAGAGAACUUUCAACAAAAGCAUGAAGCCUUGUGAAUCUCCCAUUCAUUUUCUUAUUAUUGAGAUAAUCUGAGUUCUUUCUUUGAUGGUUCAAUAAACUGAUUAGUGCGGUGCAACACAUCAGAAUGAAAGUAGGCCAAAUACAUUUGUGUAUCAGGAAAAUGUGCUAGCCUUUUAUACAUGUGAAUAAACAGAACUUGUUAUAUGUCCAUAGAGUUUAUCACCCAAUUUAGGAUCUUCCAAAAAAGAAAAAAACAUUGUUCUAAUGAACACACAGCAUAGAGUGUUCUUGGGCUUUUAGUGUUUUGGUGCACCUGCUGAUAAUGUGCUGCUGUCAUGUUGCUGCAGCCACCACGCAAUGAACCACCUGGACUGGAACCCGAGUGCAGUGGGUGACACCUCAGCACCACUCUGGAACAGUGUGAGGUUUUUUAUGAUGGCUGGAGUGCCAAUCCCGGAUUGCAUUAUGCAUAUUAAAAAUGUUAAUGUAGUAGUUUGUGAACGUCAUACUUGAAACACUUAAAACAAUUACUAAAUAUUCAACAGCAAUAUAAAGUGCAUUUGGCAGCAACUGAAAAUUAUAUAUAAGAACAUGUUUCUGAAUUACUAGAAAAUACAGUGCAUUUAUAUUUAAACACUUAUUGCGCUUUUAGCAACCAAAAGGAAAGCUGCAAAUUCUGCCACUUGUGUGAUGCUCCAAUGUCACUCCUGCUGAUCAGUUUGCCCUCAUCAGUAGGUCAGAUUGGACAAUGCAGUUUCAGAUAAAGAGUGAAGGUUUGUUUUGCACUUUAGUGUUUACAUUUUGUUUAACAAUGCCCAGGUCGAUUUUCUAUUUAGUAUACAGUACAUCCCCAAAAUUCGCGGGGGUUACGUUCCUAGAGCACCCGCGAAUUGUGAAAAUCCACGAAUUUUGGAUGUGGUUAAAAAAAAUGCCUAUUUUCUUAGUUUAAACCCUAAUUAUGCCCCCAAAACACUUUAAUUUAAUUUCAAACUCAGCUUAAUACAUUACCUAAAAAUGAAGAAUGUAAAGGUAAACCUGUAUACUGUACUGCUAUGUCUUGUGCUAGAAUGUAAAAUACAGAUGUUACCGCUAUAUGUGCUGUAAUUCAUUGACAGAAGCCUUAGACAGUGCAGCUCAUUUCGGUGGCAUCUUGGCGCUUUAAGCCUUAAACCGCCACAUACUUGGGGGUUAAUGCAUCCCUGGACGCCAAAUACUUUUUUGCUACACUUUAAGUAGACGUCACAAUUAACAAAGAAAAAGUGAAAUUUUAAUGGAACACUUUAAUGGAAGAGCAUCACAAUUACUGCAACACUGAUUAUUUUACACACUGCUAAUGAACAGUAAAAACCAUUUAAAAAAACUACUGGAACAAUAUGUACAAGGUGCAACUGAUUCCAUGGAUGAAAUCACUGAGCCAACUGCACUUGAACUGGCAGCACGCAAGCAAACAGAGGUAAGCACUGACGCUGGCAGGCUAGGCUUAGUGCAGCUGCUCAAUCACAGGGUGUCACUCUUGGGUCACAGAAACACAGGAGAUUGUAGAGACAGGAACUUUAUUGAAACACUUCAAACAAACAUGUCUCUUUCAGACGUAAAACCUCAGUAUGCAGUUAGCUAUCGAUUAAACAAUAGACAAACAUCAUAGGGGAGCACAACCCCCAACAGGAGCAGAGAAUGUCUGAGGGAGGAAAGAGAAGCAAAGCAAUCAGCCAAAAAGGACAGGUGCUGCUCAGGCUUUUAAGUAAACGGAAAACACAAGAACACUCAGCUGGAGAUGUAUCACAGUCAAUCAGCAACAAGGAGAAAUGAAUAACGCUGUAGCGGUCCAGUGCCGCUAAGAUUCACACCAUCAACAGUGAUUUAUUUAUUUUUAUGGUGGAGAUUCCAGGGACACACCCAAUUGACCAGCACACACUCACAAACAGAGACAAAAACAAAGCAAACCGGUAAUCAAACAGCAAAUAAAGAAUGUAAUGAAAACAAAUGAAAUGAGAAAACAACGAUACCACCCUUGUUCCCCUUAUGGCGAUUACACAUUAAAUACAUCAAAGCACAAACAAAACACACACAGUAAAUCAUGAAAAAGUUCAUGAAAAACGGCAACAGAUGAAAUGUAAUGAUGAAAAUAGAUAGCCCAGAGAUCCGCACGUUGAAUGGGAAUAUAAAGAUAGUCCUACCGGUAGUUCCUGAAAUGGUGAAGACGGGUGGACGGGUUCAGGAGUGCUCCUUUCUUUACAGGAUGGCCAUGAAUCCACUUACAGUCCUCAUGUACACAGGCAGACAAUCCAGACGCACCAAACAAUCCAGGACAAAAUUAAUAAGUACAGGUAACCCAACAGAAGGCAGACAGACAGGAACUUGAAACACAAAUUACAAAAACUUUUUUUUUGCUUUUGGUCACCGGCCCCCUUUUUAAAAGCAGCGCUGACACCCUUUGACCUCAACAGCCCCAGCACCCUCUACAGAAGACCAAUCAGAUCCACUGCAGGGACUGCUGGGAGUUGCAGUUUCAAAUUCUAUUGGCUACUUUCACCAUCCCAAGCCUUCGGUUCUCUCUACAGUACAGUAUUGCCACAAUAAAAGCCAUAAAAAUUGCGGAGGAUAUUUGCGGUUUCCGGUAACAAUUGUUAGUUAGGUUCUAAGGAAAAAUCCGUGAAUGACUGAGGCCGCGAACUUUGAAUCGCGACUUCGUGGGGGUCUACUAUACUUAAACAGUGCAUCCGGAUAGUAUUCACAGCGCAUCACUUUUUCCACAUUUUGUUAUGUUACAGCCUUAUUCCAAAAUGGAUUAAAUUCAUUUUUUUCCUCAGAAUUCUGCACACAACACCCCAUAAUGACAACAUGAAAAAAGUUUACUUGAGGUUUUUGCAAAUUUAUUAAAAAUGAAAAAACUGAGAAAUCCCAUGUACAUAAGUAUUCACAGCCUUUGCUCAAUACUUUGUCGAUGCGCCUUUGGCAGCAAUUCCAGCCUCAAGUCUUUUUGAAUAUGAUGCCACAAGCUUGGCACACCUAUCCUUGGCCAGUUUCGCCCAUUCCUCUUUGCAGCACCUCUCCAGCUCCAUCAGGUUGGAUGGGAAGCGUCGGUGCACAGCCAUUUUAAGAUCUCUCCAGAGAUGUUCAAUCGGAUUCAAGUCUGGGCUCUGGCUGGGCCACUCAAGGACAUUCACAGAGUUGUCCUGAAGCCACUCCUUUGAUAUCUUGGCUGUGUGCUUAGGGUCGUUGUCCUGCUGAAAGAUGAACCAUCGCCCCAGUCUGAGGCCAAGAGCGCUCUGGAGCAGGUUUUCAUCCAGGAUGUCUCUGUACAUUGCUGCAGUCAUCUUUCCCUUUAUCCUGACUAGUCUCCCAGUUCCUGCUGCUGAAAAACAUCCCCACAGCAUGAUGUUGCCACCACCAUGCUUCACUGUAGGGAUGGUAUUGGCCUGGUGAUGAGCGGUGCCUGGUUUCCUCCAAACGUGAUGCCUGGCAUUCACACCAAAGAGUUCAAUCUUUGUCUCAUCAGACCAGAGAAUUUUCUUUCUCAUGGUCUGAGAGUCCUUCAGGUGCCUUUUGACAAACUCCAGGCGGGCUGCCAUGUGCCUUUUACUAAGGAGUUGCUUCCAUCUGGCCACUCUACCAUACAGGCCUGAUUGGUGGAUUGCUGCAGAGAUGGUUGUCCUUCUGGAAUGUUCUCCUCUCUCCACAGAGGACCUCUGGAGCUCUGACAAAGUGACCAUCGGGUUCUUGGUCACCUCCCUGACUAAGGCCCUUCUCCCCCGAUCACUCAGUUUAGAUAGCUGGCCAGCUCUAGGAAGAGUCCUGGUGGUUUUGAACUUCUUCCACUUACAGAUGAUGGAGGCCACUGUGCUCAUUGGGACUUUCAAAGCAGCAGAAAUUUUUCUGUAACCUUCCCCAGAUUUGUGCCUCGAGACAAUCUUGUGUCGGAGGUCUACAGACAAUUCCUUUGACUUCAUGCUUGGUUUGUGCUCUGACAUGAACUGUCAACUGUGGGACCUUAUAUAGACAGGUGUGUGCCUGUCUAUAAAUAAAUGACAAGAAUGAAUAUAUAAUAUUUAAAUUAUUAUACCAUUCAUACCCAGCAAGAGACAACAGGUAAACGUAUAAUAAAAAUAAAAAAUAUUUUAAAAAGUGGUUGUUCCUACGGAAGCGUGUUAGAGCCACAAAGAAGAAAAAAAAUGUAUGUCGAGAAAAAAUUUGACAUGUCGACUUCAUUUACAUUGUAAGCUUGCUGUUUAUGUCGAGAUUAAAGUUGACAUUUCCAUUUUGUUCUUGACAUUUCCACAUUAAGCUCACGUUUAUGCAGAGGUUAAAGUCAACAUGUCAACUUUAUUCUUGAAAUUUCCACUAUAUUCGUGUUGUUUAUGUUGAGAUUAAAAUUGACAUUUUCACUUUAAUCUCGACAUUUCCAGUUUAAACCCUUGUUUUUUUUCUCUCUAGUUUAACUUUGCCAUGUCUUCAACUUCAUCUUAAAAUCAAUGUUUAAUUUACUAGAUUUUCUUAAAAUCUGGCAUAAUUAAUGUAGCAUAUUAAAUGCUUUGUAUUAUGUGUUCCCUACCCCAGUUGUUAAUCGCUAUGUGCUUCUUAAACUGACUUCGUCUUACACUGAGAGGAGCCACAGGCAGUGAUCGCCACACAGAAUACAUAAAUUUAGAAUGCUAAGAUAAAUAUUUAAUAUCAUUUUCAUGUUAAAAUGCAUUAAAACAUGUAUUAAACUUGGGGGCACGGUGGCGUGGCAGUAGUGCUGCUCCCUCACAGUAAGGGGUCCCCAGGUAUACAUUCAGUGUAUUGAACCUUUAUGGCAGGUGUGACGAGGCUGCAAAAAGCUGGAUGUAUGAAGGGGUAUCGCACUGGUUUAACUGAAAUAUUGUGUAAAGGUUUGGGUUUGUGAGCUGGUGGUCGGAGACAAAAGCACAGAAUUCAAUGGAUAUGCUUCUUUCUUUAUUUCAGGUGUGCUGUUUCUAUCAAACGUACCAAAUCCCCAGUUGCUAUCCUUCCUUUUUCCUUCUCCACAUAACCAAUCACCACACAAUAAAUGUCUUUGUGAAAAUAAAACUAGCUAUAAACUUAGGACAGUGAGUUUUCAGAACUUUUAAGGGACUUAGAAAAUUCUUCGUUUUAAUUAUGUCAUCCAUCCAGGAUUGUGACCAUCCCAGCAAGCAUCAUGUGCGAGGCAGGAAAAAUUACUAAAUGGGGCACACACAUACAGUAGGGUCAAUAUAGCAUACCAAAACCCACAUCCUACAUGACUUUGAAAGGUAACUGAAGCACAUUGAUUAAACCCACCAUAAAAAAUGUAAACUCCAGGCAGCACCGUACCCCCACAUGUUUAAUACAUGCUUUAAUGCAUUUCAUCAUGAAAAUUAUAUCAAGUAUUUAUCUUAGCAUUCUAAAGUUUCAGAGAGCAGUAACAUCAUGAAGUGAAUGUAUUCUGUGUGGCGAUCACUGCCUGUGGCUCCUCUCAGUGCAAGAGGAAGACAGUUUAAGAAGCACAUAGCGAUUAACAACUGGGUCGUGGAACACUUAAUACGAAGCAUUUAAUGUGCUACAUUAGUUAUAACGGGGUUUGAGAAAAUCUAGUAAAUUAAACAUUGAUUUUAAGAUGACUUUAAUGACAAAAAAUAAACUACAAGAAUAAAGUCAACAUGCCGACUUUAAUCUUGAUAUAAGCUUUGAGAUUAAAGUGGAAAUGCUGAGAAUAAAGUCAGGAUGUUGACUUUAUUCUCAACAUUUGUUUUUCUUCACUGUGUCCAUAUUUUUAUAUUGUUAUCUGUGGCCCUAAUAUGUUAUAUUUUUAUAGAACACAACAUCGUGCACAAAUAUGCGGGUCUUUGCCGGUACGAAAUGGAACUUCUACUAAUCUCCGGGAAUGUCAUAAUGUAAAAAGCAUUUGAACAUUUAAGAUGUUUAUUCUCAUGAAUUAUUUUUGUAUUGUUUUUAAAAUAAAAUCAUUGACAACAGUAAAA